GUGUUUUCUGGAGGUGCCUGGAUGGCAGCUUUGGCAGUGCUACUGAUGGUGCUAAGCCCUCCCUUCUCUUGGGCCAGGGAAACCCAAUCGCUUUUCAUGCAUCAGUUUAAGGGUGAGUGUCGUUUCUUCAAUGGGUUGGAGCGGAUGCGGUUCUUUGCCAGAUACAUCUACAACACGGAGGAGGAUGUGCACUUCGACAGCGCUGUGGGGGAGUUCACGGCCCUGACGGAGCUGGGGAGGCCGGACGCCGAGUACUGGAACCAGCAAAAGGACUUCAUGGAGCAGAUGCGGGCCAAGGUGGACACGGUGUGCAGAUCCAACUACCAGGGCAUUGGUAGCUUCCUGAGGCAGCGCCGAGUGGAGCCUACAGUGACUGUGUAUCCUGCAAAGACCCAGCCCCUGCAGCACCACAGCCUCCUGGUCUGCUCUGUGAACGGUUUCUACCCAGGCCACAUUGAAGUCAGGUGGUUCCGGAACGGCCACGAAGAGGAGGCUGGGGUGAUCUCCACAGGCCUGAUCCAGAAUGGAGACUGGACCUUCCAGACCGUGGUGAUGCUUGAAACAGUUCCUCAGGGUGGAGAGGUCUACACCUGCCAAGUGGAGCACCCCAGCUGGACGAGCCCUCUCACAGUGGAAUGGAGAGCACAGUCUGACUCUGCUCAGAAGAAGCUGAUGAGUGGAGUCGGGGGCUUUGUUCUGGGUCUGCUCUUCCUUGGCGUGGGGCUCUUCAUCCACUUCAGGAGUAAGAAAGGACACUCUGGACUUCAGCCAACAGGUAAUGCCCUUUAA